GAUCAUGACACCAGACCGUGUAGUGUACUGCUGACAUCGACAACAAACCCAAGCAGCAGAACAUCAUUGUUUGUCCCGUGUGACGCUGUUGGACCGGGUCGACAUUAGAACAACCUCCGUCAGUGGCAAGUGAGGAGGAUGGAUGAUGAGGUGGAGAUUACAGACGUGGAUGACGGUCACUUCCCUCAAACGGAACCGGGCCCAGUAAAGAACCAGGACCUGGGCUACUUCACGGUGUUUGCGGGGGAGUUGCUGUCGGUGUAUGGAUGGUACCUGCUGGCGGCAUCUGUCCUCCUCUACUUCCUGAUUCUACACCUGAGCAAAAGAAGACCCGCUCAAGCAUCCAACCGAACGACAAGUGGGACACAAGAUGCAGAUUUCGUAGCCAGACGUCAGGAGGCGAUGGAGGCAGCUCGCCGACGGAUGCAGGAGGAGCUGGAUGCCAAGGCUCUUCUCUUUAAGGAGAAGCAGCAGCAGCAAGAAGAAGAGAGGAGGAAGCAGAAGAUUGAGAGCUGGGAGAGCAUGCAGCAGGGGAAGAGUUAUAAAGCCAAACUGUCCCAGCCUGCUGAGGACAGCAGCUCGUCUGUGGCGUCGCUCAAACCAAAGACUGACAAGAAGCCUCUCCGCAGCUCUGACUACAACCCCCUGGCAGGAGGAGGAGGAGGAGGCGGCUCGUGCUCCUGGAGGCCUGGCAGAAGAGGUCCAUCAUCUGGUGGAUGAGGUUAAAGUCAGUCAGAGACCACCAUCUCUGACACCCUGAAGUCCACACUGACCGACUGAACCCAAGCUCACUGACUCUCCAGAUCCUUCCCUGUCUCCACCUUCUUCAGUUACACACUUAUGUCCUGUAGUGACCAAACGACUCUCCUUUCUUCCUGUCCUCAUUGUCUGAUGUGAGCUUGUAAUGAAGCCUUGCCUGUAAACGGUCACUGACCGGCAGGUUUGUCCGAUGACGUUCGCGGUCAGUGUUUAUUUUUCUAUAUUUUACCGCGUCUCUGAGUAAGAAGAAUGACAUAUUGGUGAUUAAUACAUAACAAAUGCAGAGAUUACAUUUGUAUGCAGUUUGUGAAUGGAAUAAACAUUGACAAUAUCA